AAUGGGUUGUCAGGGAGUGGCGAGACAACAUCUCCAUACUAAUUGCUCCAGCCAAGUUGUCAUUUGACAGACACAGUGCCCCUCUUACCACCAUACCCCUUGAACAUUUAGAGAGGCCAAACAAACACAACCAACUGGAUAGAACUGGUCUGCCGACCGCAAAUGCAGUGGAAGAGCAGGAUAAAGACUAAAAGAAUAGUAGGAAGCCAAGAGGACCCAAAGACAAGACUGCUGCCAGUUAUCCGUGGUGUGUGUGUGUGUGUGUGUGUGAGCGGCUACCCUACCUGAAGUCCCUGGGUGUGGGGGCUCUGAUUCUGGAGGGGCUGUUUCACCGGGACGUGUCCCUGCCGGACAUCAGAGAUCGAUGAGCGAGUGGGUACAGUGCCUCAGAUCCAACAACUGCUCAUGGAGCGCCACAAAGCAAGCAUCAAAGUAGUGUUUUACUUCUGUAAGCUGGACCUGUUCGGACCCCAAGACUCAGUAGGCAACGACUCUGCUGUGCCCUCUGACCUCUCUGGCUCAAUACAGUAUGCACUCCGAUUUUGGUUGGAACAGGGUGUGGCAGGAUUUGGGAUCUGUGACAGACGCUGCAUAUUCAGAAAAGACUCUGACUGAGUGGAGAGUUCUGGUCAAGGAGUUCAGCACAGCAAAUUGGUUGAAGUUGCACAGAAUACUCCUGGUUCUGAUGACACUACCUGGAUCAGCUGUUGUCAAGUACGGAGAAGAAAUAGCCCAUUCACCGAAUGUGUCUGCAGAUAUGAGCUGGGAAUGUGAGGCAGACAAGACCAAUGGACUGAACGACUCUGUUGGGGAACAGAGGAUGCUCAAAUGCUCUGCCUUGGCUCUGGUCAGCUCCCUCAGUCGCUCUCGCCUCAGAGAAGAAUCUCUCCUUUAUGGGAGCAACACCUUCCUCCCCUUCAACACCACCUCCCUCCCCCACUACUCCUCCAACUCCACCUUGGCCCCCCCGUCGGCCCUUGUGCUAGCGUUCCUGCUCUCCUGGGGCUGUGUCCACUUCCUGGUGCUGCUCAACCUGGGGCCCGAGGCCCAAGCCCUGGACCCAGCCUGGGCUCCCAGCCUUCCCACUGCUGGGGUGUUUGUGACCAGCACAGGGAUGGACCACCUGGGCGCCACCUCCCUGGAAACACUGAGGCUCCAGCCAGAGGAGGCCAUAGUCAUCAAACUGUUUGAGUCUGGCAGCUACUCCUCCUAGGGCCUAUGGUCUGGGGCAUUGGACAGAGUGAGAGAGGCUAGGACUGGAUGCAGGGGAGGAUAACUAGGCAGAAAUGGGAACUAUUUAGCCAUCGAUUAUGUUGUGUACAAAUGGAAAUGUGUGCCAGGGCGGAGUCAAUAAAUUUGUUUUUUAAAAGGCUGCAUCAAAAUGUUAUUGAAAGGUCUUAAAAUAAUACAUUGUAUAGUAUCAUUUGUUCUGAAUAAAUUGUUAACUUCA